GAGGGGAAAUAGACCUUUUUUUUUCUUUUAAUUUUAUUUUAAUUUAAUAUAUUAUAAUAAUAUUUUAAUGUGUUGAUAGAUAGCAUCUCAUUGUCAUGCCUAACACGUCACUUUUAUGUUUCCAUGGAAAUUUUGCUCUACCUAUCAGUGCUCCAAACAUGGUUUUGAAAUGGCUUUAUUCUCAGGAGACUCACAAAUCCUUUUUCAGCUAUCUACAAUCCUUGUAUAUUAAAGAAGAUAAUCAUCCUUCAGUAGUUUGCUAUUGUUAUUCAGGUAUAAAGUUUGGAAUCAUUUGAUGGGUUUUGACAUGGAGAAGAGUAUAUAUACUUUUCUUACUGUGCACCGAUGGGAGUCACUGAACUGUAUGAAAUAUAGGUUGGCUUCCCUCAGGCCUGUCCAUGGAAGGUUGGCUCUGAAAUUUCUCAAUUGGGUCAUAAGGCAACCUAAUUUAGAGCUCAAUCACAUCACUCAUAUAAUCUGCACUACUACCCAUAUACUUGUUAGAGCUAGAAUGUACAACUUUGCCAAAACAACCUUGAAGCAUCUGGUACAACUGCCCAUUGGUUUGAACUCUGUUUUUGGUGCUUUGAUGGAGACAUACCCCAUUUGCAACUCAAACCCGGCUGUUUUUGACCUCCUGAUUAGAGUUUGUUUGAGAGACAAGAUGGUUGGAGAUGCUGUGCAGACUUUCUACUUGAUGGGCUUUCGGGGAUUGAAGCCAUCUGUAUAUACUUGUAACAUGGUGUUAGGUUCCCUUGUGAAGGAGCAGAAAGUUGAGCUGUUUUGGUCUUUUUUCAAAGGAAUGCUUGCUGAGAGGAUUUGCCCUGAUGUUGCUACAUUCAACAUAUUGUUAAAUGCUUUGUGCAAACAAGGGAGGUUUAAAAAUGCUGGCUUCCUCUUGAGGAAAAUGGAAGAAGGUGGUAUUUUUCCAACUGCAGUCACUUACAAUACUUUGCUUAAUUGGUAUUGCAAAAAAGGAAGGUAUAAAGCAGCAUUUGAGCUGAUCGACUGCAUGACAUCUAAGGGUAUUGCAGCAGAUGUUUGUACAUAUAAUGUGUUGAUAGAUAAUUUGUGCAGGGAAAGAAGGAGUGCAAAAGCUUAUUUAUUAUUGAAAAGGAUGAGAAAGAAUAUAGUGUAUCCUAAUGAGAUAACUUAUAAUACUCUUAUUAAUGGAUUUGUUAAGGAGGGGAAGAUUGGAGUUGCUACAAAAGUUUUUGAUGAGAUGUCAUUGUUUAAUUUGUUACCCAACAGUAUCACUUACAAUAUUUUGGUUGUUGGGCACUGUAGCAUGGGCCAUAUUGGGGAAGCAUUGAGACUAAUGGAUGUAAUGGUUUCACAUGGUUUGAGACCUAAUGAAGUGACAUAUGGAGCUCUUUUAAAUGGGCUAUCGAAGCAUGCUGAAUUUGGAUUGAUUCCCAGUAUUCUUGAGAGAAUGAGGAUGGAUGGGGUGAGAAUUGGUCAUAUUAGUUAUACAGCAAUGAUUGAUGGAUUAUGUAAGAAUGGCCAGCUUGAAGAAGCUGUGAAGUUGUUUGAUGAUAUGUUAAAGAAUUCUGUCAAUCCUGAUGUUGUUACAUUUUCAGUGCUCAUAAAUGGAUUUUUCAGGGUGGGGAAGAUAAAUAAUGCAAAGGAGAUUAUGUGUAAAAUGUACAAGACUGGGCUUGUGUCAAAUAGAAUUUUGUAUUCAACGUUAAUCUACAAUUAUUGCAAGAUGGGCUACUUAAAAGAGGCAUUAAAUGCUUAUGCAAUUAUGAAUCAUAGCGGUCACGUCACUGAUCACUUUACAUGUAAUGUGUUGGUUGCCGCUUUUUGUAGAUGUGGGAGACUUGAAGAGGCUGAGUAUUUUAUGGAUCACAUGAGCAGGAUGGGUCUUGAUCCUAACUCUGUUACUUUUGAUUGCAUUAUAAAUAGUUUUGGAAAUUCUGGUGAUGCAUUAAAAGCAUUUUCUAUGUUUGAUAAAAUGAAUAGCUUAGGCCAUUUCCCAAGUCAAUUCACGUAUGGGGGUUUAUUGAAAGGACUUUGCAUUGGUGGACAUAUUAAUGAAGCUCGAAAACUCUUGCAUAGAUUCCGAUGCAUUCCUAAUGCUAUCGAUAUUGUUAUCUUCAACACAAUACUUACUUGUACAUGUAGAUCAGGAAAUUUAUCCGAUGCAGUUGCCCUUAUUAAUGAGAUGAUUGCCAAUGAUUUUAUGCCUGACAAUUUUACAUAUACUAACCUUAUUGCGGGGCUAUGCAAAAAAGGUAAAAUAGUUGCUGCACUCCUUUUGUCAGGAAAGGCAAUUGAAAAAGGAUUAUUAUCCCCAAAUCCUGCUGUGUACACUAGUUUAGUUGAUGGUCUUCUUAAGGAAGGACAUUCUAGAGCUGCUUUGUAUAUUUUUGAAGAAAUGUUGAACAAAGGGGUGGACCCUGAUACUAUUGCAUUCAAUGUGUUUAUGGAUCGAUACUCAAGGAAGGGGAAAAUGUCUAAGGUUGAUGAUAUCCUUUCAACCAUGAGGUGUAGAAGUUUAUGCUUCAAUUUGGCUAGUUAUAAUAUCCUGCUACAUGGGUAUUCAAAGAGGCAUGCCAUGGCAAGAUGUUCUAUGUUAUAUGAAGACAUGAUCAGACAUGGUUUUGUGCCAGAUAGGUUUUCAUGUCACUCUCUUAUUCUUGGAUGUUGUAAAUCUGAAUCAUUUGAUGUUGCUAUAAAAUUUUUAAGAUGGAUAACACUGAAAGGUUUUGUAGCUGAUUGUUUUACAUUUAACAUGCUCAUUACCAAGUUUUGUGAAAGGAAUGAUAUGAAAAUGGCCUUUGAUCUGGUAAAACAAAUGAAUCUGUUUGGGGUUAUUCCUAAUGUAGAUACAUACAAUGUCCUUUUUAAUGGACUCAUUAGAACUUGGGCUUUUGAUAAAGCCCAUUGUGUUUUGCAAGCCGUGUUGGAAAGUGGUUCUGUUCCUACAAGUAAACAAUAUAUCACUUUAAUCAAUGGCAUGUGUAGAGUGGGAAACAUUAAAGGAGCAUUGAAACUGCAAGAUGAGAUGAAAACACUUGGUGUCAGCUCCCAGGAUGUUGCUAUGAGCGCCAUUGUUAGAGGGCUUGCACAUUCAAGGAAGAUUGAAAAUGCCGUAUGGGUUCUUGAUUUGAUGAUUGAGAUGAAAAUCAUUCCAACUGUUGCCACUUUCACUACUUUAAUGCACAUCUAUUGCAAAGAAGCUAAUGUUGCAAAAGCUUUAGAAUUGAGGCAUGUAAUGGAACAUUGUCAUGUAAAGCCUGAUGUUGUUGCAUACAAUGUUCUUAUAUCUGGCCUUUGUGCUAAUGGUGAUAUUGAAGCUGCUUUUAAACUUUAUGAAGAGAUGAAACAAAGAGAUCUUUGGCCUAAUACCUCUAUAUACUUAGUUCUUAUUGAUUCUUUCUGUGCUGGAAAUUAUCAUCUUGAAAGUGAAAUUCUUUUGAGUGACCUACAAGCUAGGGAACUGGUUCCUUUAAAUUUAUACAGAGGCACCAAAAGAUUGAAUGAGUUAUUGAUAAUUUCUCGGAAAAAAUUAAUUCACUUGAGGAACAAAAUGAGACGAAAGGUUGGUUGAUCACAUUGUGCUUUUUCUUCAUCCAGAAUGUGAGUUGGCAGAUGAAGCUGAGCCAACAGUUCUAUAACUCAGCCGAAAGUGAUAUUGCUGAUAUGGUCUGGAUUUUGACUGGGUCAGUUCAAUUUGCAGAGAUUUGUUCCCUCUGUUAUAAGCAGUGCAGUGUUCCUCUUGGCUAAAAGUUUUGGGAGACACCUACACCAGAAAUCUUUGUAUGCCAUGGGCUUUUAUUCAGUUCCAGUUAGUACUGGAUGAUACAUUACCUUUAUGGCUCAGAUGCAUAUAUGAUAUAACAAUACCAAUACUCCUCGUGGAAAAGCAAUCCUUCAUCUUAAGGAUUGGCAAAUACUGGGAUGUACAUUCCAAUGGGACUUGAACUUUCUUCUGUGAUUACCAGUGACUCUUCUGGUAGUUUUCAUUGGUCUGUGCAUUAUACUUAACCUGAGCUGUUUGAAAGUAUUCAAAAUUGAAGAAGUAUCACAUACUCUACUUCCUGUUUUGGCCUUCAAAAGUUCCUUUUCAUGCAGAAAGAACAUUGAUUUAUAGAGAACCGAAGCUCCUAACUUGAGAUUGGUGCAACCAUACAAAUCCUAAUGUGUCUGCCUAGGGGUAUUAUUGGUGAAGGAUUUAGGGAACUUUGGGAUGCAUGACUUGAGGUAGCAAGUGCAAAAAGGGUAUAGUAGUAGACUUAGUAGCAAAUGGUGGACCGGACUAGCGUAAUAACUAAUAAAGUAUAUUGGUAUUGAGCAUGAGUAUCUUUUCCCACUUGUGCAUUUCCAUAUGCAACUCAAAGUUACAUAUGCUUGUAGAAUGUGCAUAUUAAUUCCUGGAAUUCUUUUAUGGUAAGGCGUUGGUGCGACCACUUUUGGGCAUAAUUUGGCAAGAGCACAAAUAGGAGAUGGUAGAUAAGGUUCUUCAAGAUUUUUUCUCCAGGCUUCUGGUAUAAAGUCUUCCUUCUGGCAGAUAUAUUUGCAUCCAUUUGAUUUAUACCCAACAUGGAAAACUUCCAAAGAGAACGUUUUCUUUAUAAAUAAGACGCCGAGGGACUUGUUUUAUUUAUAAAAUACGAAUUCUAUUAAUAUAAACCUUUGUAACAGCGAAAUGCCUUUCAUUAUUUUGCUCCAUAAUUUGUGAUUUAAAACAGUUAAAUUUGACUAAUGCUGUAACAGCUUACUACCCAACACAACAGGAAACAAAAAUCUAACAAGGAAUGGUAUGCGUGAGAAAUAUUUGCUGUUCUAAUUUUUACGGUUACAAGAAAUGCAUGUCAGCCAAAUUUUAUUGCCUUGGGCAUAUAUUUCCUGUCUCAAACAAACGGAUCCGAGUGAAAAUGAGGAGGUGCAAUUCAACAAAUAAAAUCAAGUUAUAAUUGUUUUUUAAAACUUAACAAAAUGACAAUAAAAAAACUUUACAAAAAAUAAUGGAUGACCUACUUGAGGAACCAUUUCUAGCAUUUACAAGCGAAGUGCAAUUAAGUUGCUCCUUGUCUGUUGACAAGUUACUAUUCAAGUUCCUUGACUAGCGUAGCUGUAGUACCGUGACACGCCCAACCUAUAUCCUAACCAGGCUACUGGCUUCAACAGAGUCUUUGCUUCAAAAUGCUUACAUCUUUCACGUAGGGACUCUUGGCAAAGUCUAAUUUUAUGAUCCUUGGCAAAAAGAUACUAAGCAACCAUCAUAUUUCUCGCUAACAUUGUUAAAUUGGGACUUAGUGAAAUAUGUUGAAUGAGCGAGUUCCUGUUAUUAUGAUAGCUAAACGAUAAAAGGAGCACCUCGGUUUAAUUCGCAUUCUUAUUUUCUGCUGACAUAGUACAAAAUCUUCCACCCCUUUGCAUUCCAACAAGAAUGGUCUCCCUCAGGUACAAAUAAACACACAAUCACAACUCAAAGCAGCUUAACGCCAGCUUCCCUGAGAGAAUCAACAACCGCUUUAACCUUACCAUGAUACUUCUGUUCUCUCUUCAAGUGAAGAGUAACAGCAGGUAUGUCCUUAAACAAAAGGCGUUCCGCUAGUAUCUUCCCAAUCUUUGCAGCUGCCGCCACAUCUCGUCUAGUUUCCAAGCUUGAUCUCAAGGCUUUCUCUUGGGAGCUUGCGGAAGAGGCCACAGUAGCAGUUGGGGUAUGAAUCACCUGGGCACUCACAUACUUAUUGGUAAAAUGCAUCUUCAGAACAUAAGGUUUGAGAAAACUUGUAAUCCUGGAAGGCCUGACUGGAGGUGGGAUAACCAUGUCUGUUUUGAAAAAUAAUCUUUGUUAAAGUAUAUAUUUAAAUAUUUUCACUUUUCUGUGUAAUAUUUUUGGCACAUUACACAUAACUCUAGAAACUAUCAACUGUC